UUUCGUCGCGAUGAAAUUGUACUUGUAAUCUCCGCUAUAGUCGAAAUAUUCUUUCAAUAAAAAAAAGUGCGAUGGUCAAAUAUAUUAUUCAAAAAAUGAUAAGUUCUUUGUAAAACCAUAAUUUGAAUCAGGAACGAAGAAAUGCAAACUUUAGUGCACAUCUGUAAUGUGAAUUGAUUAACCUCGUAACAAUUUGCGUUGAAAGAAAUAUUUUAUCACGGACAACAACGCGAUUAAGGUGAUAGUGACCGCCGCUAGGUUUGCGUUUUGUAGUACAGACGAUUGACGACGAGUUGUACGCGCUCCCGAAACUGAUAAGGACAAAGAACUGUUUUGUUGUCCUACAGCACAAGAUUAAUUAGCACAAUUAAAAGGCCUCCUGCGAUUAACAGCGUCUCCAUCGAUUCAGUUCAACUCAUCGAAUCGUAUCAACAAAAAGAACAAUCAAAACUGCGUACGUCAGUGAGUAAUCCGUAUAGAAAAAUGGAGGAUUAAGGAAUAUAUUUUCACUUAUUGAACUGCGUUCAAUACUUCUGGACUGAUAAAACGUCGGUCACUGACCCUGCUUUUUUAGUACAUUUCACAUGCAAUUUUCGUGGCGCACUAAGCAACUGAAACAACAGGCCUAAGCAAAGGAUAAAAAUAGUUAGCCUGCCGUCGACGUGUGUUGCAACAUUACUGUGCCACCGAAAUGAAUGAAGAUGAUACAAGAAAGGAUGUGUGUCUCGUAGAGAAUGGUAGCGCUCCUCAGCAGCAGCUGAAUACCGGCAAUGGGAAAAUAUGCGUUCAAUCCACGUCAGGCGAGCUGAAGCAAAUCGUCCUCGAUGGAUUGGAAAAGAAGGGAGACCGUGGCAUCUGGUUGUGGACGCUCUUCAUUUUGUGCCUUACUCCAAACAUCCUAAAUGGCUUCCAUGUGUCGUCGUAUGUGUUCCUGGGCAAAAUGCCGGAGAAUUACUACUGCCUCAUACCAAGCCUUCAGCAGAACGGAUGGACCCACGAUGAGAUUAGGAACAUAUCCACAGUCAGAGGCUUGGAGAAAAACGGGACAUGCACGGUUUACAACUGGGACUACGCGUACUUAGCGGAAAUGAACUACCGAAACGCGUUGGAUUACAUUGCCGAACGUCCACGACCUGAGCAGGUGCCAUGUCUGGGAACGCCCGGCUUCGAAAUGUAUUACGAACAGAAACCCGGAGCUUCCAUUGUACCGGAAUGGGAUCUAAUUUGUGAACGAACCGCUCUCAGAUCUACAGUUCAAGUGGCGCUUUCGGUGGGUAAAUUUUUUGGGGCGUCCACCUUCGGUGUUCUUUCGGAUAAGUAUGGUAGGAAAAGUAGUUUCGCGAUCGCCGCCAUACUGUACGUGGUCGCCAGUUUGCUGACUACCUUUUCACCCUACUACAUCCUGUUGUUGCUCGGACGGGUUGGACUGGGAGCAUCUGCUUCCGGUGUAUUCUAUCCUGCUUUUGCUUUGUUGACGGAAAACAUCGGUGUUCGACAUCGAUCCUGGAUGAGCAUAGCAUUCAACUUUUCCUACCCAAUUGGAAUGCUUAUUCUAGCACUGGCCGCUUACUACAUAAACUCAUGGCGAGAUCUGUCGUUGGCUUUGACAAUACCGUCUUUUUUGCUGAUCAUUCAUCUCUGUUUCCUAGUUGAAUCUCCUCGAUGGUUGCUGAGUAAGGGCCGAGAACGUCGCGCAUACCGGAUGGUGUUUGGGCGUAAGCCACCUCAGGAACUGUGCGAUAAUGAUAGAGAACUUAGUCCGGAAGAAGUGGCGGCUGCAGUAGCAAAAAAUGCAGAGACUCCCAAACCAUCGGUGGGCGUACGAGUGAAGCAAACAUUUAGUGAAUUUACCAAACUCUACGGAACUCCGAAGUUGUGUCAGCGAGCACUGAUUUGUCACUUUACAUGGUGUGUAACAUCGCUCUGCUACUACGUAACAGCGCUCAAUGCAGACAACUUCGCUGCCAACCGGAACGUCUACGUGGCCACCACGGGUUCGGUGGACAUUGUAGCUUACAUCCUAUCGAUGAUAGUGUUGGCCUAUUUUGGCCGCAAAAGUACAUCUUUUUGUUUCUUUCUGUAUGCCGGCAUCUGUCUCCUGGUGGUGCUGGCCAUUCCUAGAGAAAACACCACCACUGUGGUCACCUUAGCUAUGCUCGGUCGGUUAGGAAUAACGGCUGUGUAUGCCGUGUUGACGCUGCACACGGCAGAACUGUUUCCCACCGAAAUUCGGAACACAGCACUCGGGAUCUGCUCCACCAUGGCACACAUAGGUUCAAUCGCAGCGCCUUACAUAGUGGAUUUACUCGGUCAGUUUGCCUGGUGGAUUCCUACGACGAUCUGCGGUACUGCAAUACUGGUGGCAGGAUUUUUCACUCUGCUGCACCCGGAGACGAGGCAUGCAGCUUUGAAAGACCACGCCAAGCAGGAAACUGAUGCCACGGACAAUAAUAAAGCGAUGAAACAGUAGAUUCAGGCCAAAAAAAAGCAUUAUUUUAUUGAUAGUGAAUCAGCACAGUUUACCUAAUUCAGAGCAAAAUUUGCUCCUGAAUCCAAUUCCAAUAAAAACCCACAUCGGUAUAGACUCCGGGUGACGCAGGAAGACCACAUCCAGCCCCGUAGGAGAUAAUCCCCCGCAGUGAGUACGGUCUACUUUCAUCGAGUGAUUCUUCCUUCGACGGCGCAGAUAACCUCGGUCGACAUACCAAUCCUCCGCCGGAGUCUCCCUGUCAAAUUUAGCUAAUUUAUUAUUCGCGUACUCCAGUAAGUUUAAGUAUAAGGAACAGUGUUAGUUAAUAAGUUGGGCGUUAUUUCCGUUACCUUGCAAGCAUCGGCGUAUCCAAUAGCGCAAAACAUUCCAGAAUUGGCCGUUGCCGGAGCUAGCACCGGCCCUAGCAUUUCCCUACACUCUCUGUGACUGAGCGGUUGAACGGAACCGUACUGUAAGGUAUCACUUCCCGGACCGUAAUACGUGGCGGACCCGUAGCCGAAAAUAUGACAUUCUUCAGAGCCGUACUCGUCAUUAUCGUGCCCCUCCCCCUCUCGGUCGUCGAUUACGUUAAGGACAUUAGAAUUAUAGGUGCCACUGCCGGUUAAAGGCCUGUUCGGUAAUAAAAGUGUACUCUCUA